UGAGACUACAGUAGGAACUGUGACGGUGAGCUCAAAUGGAAACCUAAAAGAAAAUAGAAACUUAUAGUGACAGACAGAGCUCAGUAAGACCUAAGACUGGCAGACACAGAAAGUUUUUGAUUCAAAAUGCACCCAUCCUCCUGUGACACCUUCGUGGCUCUGCCCCCCUCCACUGAGAGAAAAUGCAUCAUCUUUGGGAAAAACUCUGACAGGCCUUGUGAUGAAGUCCAGGAGGUGGUCUAUUUUCCUGCCAGAGAUUUCGAUACAGGGGAGAACGUUGAGUGUACAUACAUAGAGAUCGAGCAGGUUGCCCACACUUAUGCAGUGAUGUUGAGCAAACCAGCAUGGCUGUGGGGCGCAGAAAUGGGCGCAAAUGAGCAUCAAGUGUGUAUUGGAAAUGAAGCAGUGUGGGGCAGAGAGAGUGCAGAUGGUGACGAAGCUCUUCUCGGUAUGGAUCUUGUCAGGCUUGGACUUGAGAGAGCGGAUACAGCUGAGAAAGCUGUGGAUGUUAUCACUGAGCUGCUGAAAAAAUAUGGCCAAGGAGGAUCGUGCAUGGAGGAUCAGGGAAGCUUCACCUACCACAACAGCUUCCUCAUCUCUGACAGGAAGGAGGCAUGGCUGCUGGAAACAUCAGGGAAGCACUGGGCAGCAGAGAGAAGACAAGCUGGAUAUCGCAACAUCUCAAACAAGUAUAGCAUAAAAACUAAGAUCGACAAGGAACACCCAGAAUUGAGGAAAUAUGCACAGGGCAAGGGCUGGUGGGAUGGAAAGACUCAGUUCAACUUUUCCACGGUCUACUCCUUUACCACUACAGCCAGAAUAGAAGCUGCUGGGAGCCGAUACUGUGAGGGGAAGAAGUUGCUGAAAAAGAGCAAUGGUCACAUUACUGCUGAGACGAUGAUGGAUAUCCUGAGAGAUAAAGACAGUGGCAUCAACAUGGAGGGCAUGUUCAUGACAACAGGAAGUAUGGUGUCUGUGAUACCCACUGAUCCCACUCUGCCCGGGGUUCACUACUUUACAGCAACUCCAGACCCUGAAAGGUCCGUAUUCAAACCUUUCAUCUUUGUGAAGAACAUUAAUGCGAUUAAUUUGCCGAAGGAGACUACUUCUCCCAGCUAUGGUGCGGAUGACCCUGUCAAGAAGAAACCUCGCUUCCAGAGCAAACCUGACCGCAAACACGAGUUGUUUGUCAAACAUGAACUGGUGGAGGCCAUCAUGGAGUCCUUCAAGGACAGAGGAAAGAAGAUCACAGAAAAUAUGAGGAGACUGGAGAAGGAGAAGAUGACAGAGAUGGAGGAGAUUCUUUCACAUGGCAUUAAGGAACCAGACCUUUUGGUGAAUCUGUUCCCGAGGUGUGUUCAGGAGGAGAUGGCCGUGUACGGCAAGAGCUGAAACCAAAAAACAGAACUGCAGAGACACAGGCAGCAUACGCUUCUACGUUUACCGUUGAAUCAGGCGUAAAAAAACAUGGUUGUAUAAUUAAAUGGAACAAAACUUGAGAAAUUAACAUUGUUGUACAAAAAGUAAAACAGACUUGGAUACCCAUGUUGUACGUAUCGCAUCAUUGACCAGAAAUACUAGGAGGAACAAAUGACAUUAGACGGGACUUGAGGGUUUGGGUAUAACAUUUAUUUUUAAAACACAUCAUUAACACAUACCUAAUAUAUUAAAGUGUUUUUCUUAUCAAAAAUACAUUUUACACCUCCAGUGCGUCCAUCUUAAACGUAAAAGUUUUGCUGCUUUUUAAAAAGCAACAAAACUGUAUAUUUUAGCAGUGUUUUAAAUUAUAUAU